AGGGCAGGGCCCCGGCUUCCUUGGGAAGCGCAGAAUGAAUCACCCAGGCUGCAGCCCGGGAGGGCAGGAGAUGGGCCCCCCAAGGGUUCUCAAGCCCUGGAGGGGUCAGGAGAGAAAUGGGGGGCUGACGGCAACAGGAGGAGUUGAGAUGGGCCACUGAGUGGUGCGCAUACCUGUGAUCGCAGCACUCGGGAGGCUGAGGCAGGAGGAUCGCCCCGAGUUUGAGGCCAGCCUGGGCCACACAGUGAGACUCUGUUUUGCCUCCCUCCCGCCCCCCAAAAAUGGAACUGACCAAGUCUUCGGGCAGAGGAUGGCGUCCCUCUGUGGCCCAGGCAGGCAGGCUUAGCCCCUUGAGCCGUGAUCGGCUUAGGCCCGGAAUCCGCCCAGGCCAGCUGCCUUAUCCGGGAUCUCACGGGCAGCAGCUGCCCUGCGGCGUCCUGGCUGAAUCUUGACCGGGCCCAGGCAGUGACUGACAGCCCCAGCGCUUGUCCCCGCAGGUCUCUCCAGGCCGCCAUGGCCCAGGACCUCAGCGAGAAGGAGCUGCUACGGAUGGAGGUGGAACAGCUCAAGAGGGAGGUGACCACCCCGAGGGCCCCGAUCUCCAGGACGGGGAAGGAGAUCAAGGAGUACGUGGAGGCCCAGGCGGAGCGCGACCCCCUCCUCAGGGGCGUCCCAGAGGACAGGAACCCCUUUAAGGAGAAGGGCGGCUGCCUGCUGAGCUGACACCCAGCCCUGCACCCUGCUCUGGGCCACCGUCCUGGGGCCGGGGACCCAGCACCUGCUCCCCUCUGAGGCACAGCAGGAAUCCAGGGGCCUGAGGAGCACAUCCAGGGCCGCACACUCCACCCUUCCCCCUUCCCGCCUGAGCAUCCCCAGCACCCCACUGGGAGACGCCUAGAAGAGUCUGUGGGCUGAGCUGCCGCAGGUGGCAGGGGUGAACACCCACAAGCUGGGCCUGGCAAUGCACACCUGCAACACAAGCUGUCUUUUUCUGGUAGGCUGAGGCAGGAGGAUCUCAAGUCCUACCUAGGCAACUUAGCACAACCCUUUCUCAAAAUAAAAAAUAAAAAGGUC